AUGUCACAAUCCCUCCGACCAUACCUGCAAUGCGUGCGGUCGUCGUUGACGGCCGCCAUGUCGCUGUCCAACUUCGCUUCCCAAGCUUCCGAACGCCAUAAUGUCCCAGAGAUCGAAGCCCAAACCUCGCCCGAAGUCCUCCUGAACCCUCUGACCGUCUCCCGCAACGAGAACGAGCGUGUCUUCAUCGAGCCCAGUGUCAACAGCAUCCGCGUCAGCAUCAGGAUCAAGCAGGCAGACGAGAUCGAACACAUCCUGGUCCACAAGUUCACCCGCUUCUUGACACAGCGUGCCGAGUCCUUCUUCAUCCUCAGAAGGAAACCCGUCAAGGGAUACGACAUCUCCUUCCUCAUCACAAACUUCCACACCGAGGAGAUGCUCAAGCACAAGCUUGUUGACUUCAUCAUUCAAUUCAUGGAAGAGGUCGACAAAGAAAUCUCAGAGAUGAAGCUCUUCUUGAACGCCAGAGCAAGAUUCGUUGCCGAAUCUUUCUUGACUCCUGUGAGACCCUUCCUUCUCUUUUCGAUUGAUUACUCUGCACCGCGCUCCGUGCUGCUUCAAGGUCUCUGUAUCUGGACUUGGCGCUGCACUACAUAG